UGCUCUCCAUUCUCCCUUUAAAGCAUUCGUCUAAUAUUAAUAGUCAUGAAUAUCAAUUAUUAUAAGGCGGUGUAGAGAAGCAGUGGGAAGGGGCAUGUGAGCAGUCGGAGCCUAGCCCUGGGUCGAAGACGAUUCCAUUUGGAGUAGAAAGAAUCUACUGCAAAAAAUUAUUUAUUUUCGUUUGGGAUGGAGAUUUGUAUUUAUGGAUAAUAGUGGAACAAUGUCCAGCACUGCUGCUACAAUUUAAAAACAACAUAUCAUUAAGGACUUGCCCUUAGGUUUACCUUUUGGAGUUUUUUUCUCUUCCUGUGAUCAGUCUUCUUUCCAGAUGUUAGUGCAUACUUACUCCGCCAUGGACCGGCACGAUGGCGUUCCAAGUCACAGCUCGAGGUUGCCUCAGCUGGGAUCAGUAACCCAAGGUCCGUAUUCAACUGCCCCACCACUAUCCCACACUCCAUCGUCGGAUUUUCAACCUCCGUAUUUUCCACCCCCGUAUCAACCUCUUCCUUACCAUCAGAGCCAGGACCCUUACUCUCAUGUCAACGACCCCUACUCCCUAAACCCUUUGCAUCAGCCACAGCAACAUCCCUGGGGGCAAAGACAAAGACAAGAUGUUGGAUCUGACGCGAGCUCCCUGUUACCACAGCCCAGAGCUUCCUUGCCUCAACUCUCAGGACUGGACCCACGACGGGACUACACAUCUGUAAGGAGACCAGAUGUGCUCAUACAUUCGGCUCACCAUGGCUUGGAUACUGGUAUGGGAGACACACUUUUGCAUGGAAUUGGCCAUCCAGGGAUGGAAGACUUGCAGGCAGUUGAAGAGGCCAAUAACAAUGGAAUGAACAUACUGGACCAGUCAGUGAUUAAAAAAGUUCCUCUCCCCACGAAGUCAGUAACAUCUCUGAUGAUGAGCAAAGAUGGCCUCUUGGGUGGACUCACAGUGAAUACCAGUGAAGUGUUCUGUUCUGUUCCUGGCCGGCUAUCCCUGCUCAGCUCGACGUCAAAGUAUAAAGUAACUGUAGGAGAGGUGCAGAGACGUCUUUCCCCUCCAGAAUGCCUCAAUGCAUCACUCCUAGGAGGUGUACUCAGGAGAGCUAAAUCAAAGAAUGGGGGGAGGUCAUUAAGAGAAAGACUAGAAAAAAUUGGUUUGAAUCUACCGGCAGGUAGACGCAAAGCUGCAAAUGUCACUUUGUUAACUUCAUUGGUGGAAGGUGAAGCUGUUCAUUUAGCACGUGAUUUUGGUUAUGUCUGUGAAACAGAAUUUCCUGCAAAAGCUGUGUCUGAAUAUUUGAACAGGCAACAUACAGAUCCUAAUGACAUCCACUCUAGAAAAAACAUGCUGCUUGCAACAAAACAGCUAUGUAAAGAAUUCACAGAUCUACUUGCUCAGGACAGAUCACCUUUGGGCAACAGCAGACCAUCCCAGAUUCUGGAACCUGGCAUUCAGAACUGUCUUACUCACUUCAGCCUCAUCAGUCAUGGCUUUGGGGUGCCUGCCAUCUGUGCUGCACUAACUGCCCUGCAGAACUACCUGACAGAAUCUCUUAAAGGACUGGACAAGAUGUUCUUAAACAAUACUCCAAACAGGCAUACGUCUGGAGAAGGGCAUGGGGUCAAGAAUGGGGACAAGGAUGAAAAGCAUCGAAAAUUGACCACAUAAAUAACAGACUCAUUCAUUUUGUUAGUUUUAAAUAAUAAACUCUAUAUGGAAUGGCAACUCAAAUAACAAAAGAGAACCAGCAAGAAGAGAGAGGAAAAAGUACAGCGAUGCAAACUACAUGGUUGCACUGAUGGAGACUGGUAACAGUCAUGAGACAGAUCAAAGCAAUUCUACAGCUGCUAGUCUUUCAAGCUAUAAUUCACAGAUGUUUGUAAUGGAAUGGGCAAGAUACUGUGAAUCAUGGAUGUGAUGUGUGUGUGUGUGUGUGUGUGUGUGUGUGUG